AUGGUUGUUCAACAAGCAUCAAAUAUUUUGAUCAUUAAACAGAUGGCACUAAAUCCCAAUGCUGAUGGGGAUAUUUUUACCAUUCGAGAGAUUCUUGAGGCAGCAAGGGCAGAUUUGGAUGCUCCCUCCACGGCCCCUGGUGCUGAUAAGGCUGCGGGUGAAACAUAUAGAUCAUCUGGAAUAGUUAUUGUUAUCAUAAUUGAAUAUGAAAAUGUUCGGUUCAAGUUAGAUCAAAUAGCUUAUAAAUAUUUACCUCAAGUAAUUGAUGGAAACGAAUACAAAGCUGUAGAAAACGUAUACAAUUCUACUGACAGUUCGAUUACAGUUAUUGAUAGGCACGG